AUGCGGCAUUACAUCAAGCUGGGAUGCGGGGUCCUCGCCACCAUCCCACUGCUAAUUGUGCUCCAUGUGAUACGCAAAUACGCUGAAGAUUCGUAUCCGGCUGAGUGCGAAUGUAAUGGCGAAAACGUAAGAGCGCAGCUUUUUCAUAACGGCAUCUUUUGGUCGAUUUUUCAGUUCUGUUUCCCCGGAGUGGACGAGAAUUUACGCCGAAAAUUUGGUCGGCCCUUCCCAUGCGACCAUUAUCGAUAUUUGAAGAGAUUCGACCUCACUGAAGCAGAAAGCAGAACAGCUCCGAACGCUAUUGAAGAAAUCAACGAGGACUGGCAACCGGUGUUUGUUAGUGGAUGCUCGGAGGAUCAUUUCCGCGAAAUGGUCGGAUUGGUCAAAAAUAUACGGCAAAGAAUUCAGAACCCGCGAAUUAUCGUCUACGACCUCGGACUGAACAGCACUCAGGUAUUCGUUUUCCAAACUAUCAGUCUGUCGCGAAACUGAUUUCGCGAAGCGCUGAUGGGCGAUUCCGAGGGGCGACGAUCCGCCGUUAUUUUCCCGACAGACUGAUAGAAAUUUCCUCGCUUUUGUACAGUGCAUGUUGAACUUUUCCCCACGCUUGCCGCCAGUGCUUUUUUCAUUUUUCGCACAGUGCAAACCACAAAAAAUUGCACAGUGCAAAGUCUUCAGCAAAACCGCGACGACGCAGUUCAAAAAGGCAUACGUCGCAGCGAUAUUUCAUAACUUUCAUAGCUUUUGAUUUUUAGAUUGAGGAAGUGAAAUCCUGGUGCAACGUUGAAUACCGGUUCUUCGUCUUCGAACAAUAUCCCGAGCACUUCCGAAACCUCAGAAACUACGCCUUCAAAGCGAUCAUCGCGGAGGUUUUGCAAACGGAGAAGAACUUUUUCUACUACGACAGUAGCGUCCGACUUAAGAAUGACGCCCAUAAAAUUAUACCAGAAGCAGUGAAAGCCGGGCGAUCACCGCCAUUCAUGAACUACAACGCCGCUCCACACAGUGUUUAUGCGGUUACACAGGAAGGUAAAGCAAUGAAAAAGGCGUAUUAGAAUUUGCACAAAGCUCAUGGAGAUUUGUCGCGCCCCGCAUGGUGCACAAGAUCCUCCAUUUUGCACCGUGCAAUUAAUAUUUUUUUGGUUUUUGCGGUGAAAUGCCGCUGGUCUGCACAGUCCAAACGGCAUUUUUUUGGAGUUCGCAUGGUGUGCAAAGGGAAACUCCACUAUGCGUCGGCGACAAGCGUGGGAAAAAUUCAAAAUGCACCAUGCGAAAAGGAACACAUGUGUAUGCGCAACGUUAGGGGCGGAGCUAAGGAGAGAGGGAGGGUACCCCGAGGCCGGGGUCGAAGGAAAAAAAUGGUAAUGGAGGGGGCCGGGAGGAUCAAGGUGUUCGUCAGCUACGCCCCUGGGCAACGUUAGGGCUUUUCUCGGAACCCAUGAAAGGGCACAUUGCUUUGGCUACGCUGCUGAUGCGUGACAAGUUUUUCGCAUGAUAGCGCACUAUGCAGAGGUUUCAAGACUUUUGGCCCGCCUAUCAGUCUGUCGGGAAAAUAAUGAGCACUCUGUUGCAUCGAAACUCGCAUCACUGCCAAGAACAUGAAUUGCGUCGCGGUAGAAUAAAAUUACUUUUCACUUCAACGACGCCAUGGGUUCACCAGCAUUGCACUUAUCAUUUUUCCGACAGACUAACUGAAUAUGAAUUGCGGGCAGUUCAAUCCGUUAACUAACACAAAUGAAUGUUUAGGGAUGUACGACUAUCUUCCACUACCUCAUCAAAUAGUGCUUGCAAAAGAAUAUCAAAGUCUUCUGUUCGUGUCCGACUCGCCUUUCACUCGACGCGCAAUCAAAUGGUUCAUGUUGUGCGCUCUGACUGAGGACUGCAUAUCACCGCCGGCAGCGUCACCGUACUGUUAUUUAAGCUCCACUACGGAUUGGAUUAAUAACAGGUUGGGCGAGAACUGUCAUCGAUUCGAUCAGAAUGUCUGGAAUUUUAUUCACCUUAGCUACUUGUUCGACCCUAUACGCAGAGGAGCGCAGGCGCUUGAGCUUGUCGACGAAUGGGGAAGCGGGCCGGACUUCGUUAAGAAAGUGAAGAAGGCCAGGGAUAGACGGUUUAUUCGGCUCGGAAAGACAUUUUCGGUGAUUCGAUGUGACUUUGGAAACGACUCGUUCAGCCUUACUUGUUAA